AUGUCUUCCACGGCUGCUAGGAUCAAAAGGGCGUCAACAAUAAAGAUACAAAAGAUGAUGCGAGGGCAUACCAAGCUGGUCCGAGGCGUUGCGCACCUGCCCGGCGGGCAGCGUAUCAUCACAUGUUCGAGAGACGGCUCACUUCGACUAUGGGACCUAGAGAGCUGUACUCAGAUAGGCGAAGAAUGGCGAGAUGAGGGGGAUGAAAUAGGGGUAUGGAGCAUGGCACUGUCACCAAACGGCAGAACCAUUGCCAGCAGCUAUCUUGAUGGGACAGUAAGGUUGUGGGAUGUUGAGACAAGGAAGGUCAUCACGAAAUGGAAAGAGCCCAGUGGAGACGUCAACUCGGUAUGCUGGAGUCCAGAUGGUGUACAGGUUGUGGUCGGAUCCGCGGAUGGGACAGCAAGAGUGUGGAAUGUCGAGAGCGGCAAACCAUUGAUAGUCCAGGGUUUGAAUCCAAUCCAAACAGGACACGAGUCGGUAUACGUGGUGAGUUACUCACCCAAAGCAACAAAGAUUGCAACAGGAGGGUACAGCGAAGAUGGAAUCGAGAUCCGGGAUGCAAAAACUGGCAAGCUGCUCUCAAUAAUCAAACACGAAUAUGCGGUUUGGAGCUUGGCCUGGACGUCGGAUGAAAAUAAGCUUAUAUCCGGUUCGGGGAAUGGCUCGCUUAGGAUAUUCGACACUGCCACAUGGCACCAGAUCGCCGUUCUGGACGGCCACAACCAGGUUGUUGAGGCCAUCACUUUAUUUCGCAAUGACCGUCUCCUCGCGAGUACAUCUUGGGACAAAACGGCACGUCUCUGGAAUUUGGACACUAACCUCUCUAUCGGUCUACCCCUCAAGCACGAAAAGGAUGUCGAGUUUGCAGCCUUUUCUGCUGAUGGAAAGAUGCUAUCCACAGCUUGCGCUGAUGAAAACGCGUACGUGUGGAACAUUCACGCCAUCCUCAAAGCCUCUGGCCUAGAAAACCUCCUGUCCAUCCCUGCACAACAAUCUGGACUCAAAAAGAAGAAGUCGUUCUCAAAUGUACUAGCUAAUGCUACGCAACAUCCAGCUCCCCUUCAACUUCCAGGAUUGCUCGAUGACUUGCAAGACUGUGAUCAUUUCCCCACUAGCAACAGUCUUCAUCCCCUUCCCUUUGUACAUCGCCGACGCAGUGCUUUUGCACCCUUCCGGGAGUCGCGUCCACGUACGCUCCAAGUCCGCCUUCCCCCACUUUUCCACCCCUCACAGCCCGACGUUGAAGACCCAAUCGAACUCCAACAACGCUCAGGGCUCAGUACUUCCUCUAGUCGCACUCGUGUUGUCGAAGUUGCUGCGCAACAAGACAACCAGGUGUUGCACGUUGCACGGCCGCCAGAACGAGCUAGUGACAAGGAGAAACGCAUCAAAAACCUUACAUGGUGGAAUCGUUUUAUCCUGAUCCUCUUUUGUGCGUCUCACUCUCCCGUUGAUGGUUCAAGUUCAUAUAUAUCUUUCGCUAUCUCACCAAUGACAUCGGUUGACAUCUCGCAUCCUAACUUGUGCGUUAAGAAAUGGCGCCACGUGUUGGAUAUUUUUCCUGCGCUGGACUCGGUUAUGCAUGGAUGCUUCUCAAAAGAAAACAAGACUACCUACUUGCCCGUUCGCUCGAACGUGCUACCACAUCCGAGUACCCUGCAUGCCACUAAACCUCCUGCAGAUUUCCCUUGUCAAUACGAGUCAUCCACUACCAGCCGUUUCCAUCGUGAUCGCUUUCUACAUCGCUGCCGUAGUGUUUUUGCACCAUCCUGGGGAUCACCUCCACGUGCGUUCCUCGCUCGCCUUCCCCACUUAUUCUACCAUUCCCCACCCGACACUAAUGAACAAGUCGAACCUCAGCAACGCCCAGGACUCAGUACUUCCUCCCGUCGCAGUCCUCCUGUUGUCGAUGUUCCUGCACUAGAUGAUAAAAAGGCACUGUAUGUUACUUGGUGGCCGGAACCAGCUAGCCACAGGGCAAAACGCGUCGAGAACCACAAAUGGUGGGCUCGUGUUGUGCUGUUCCUCUGUUGUGUGUCUCCGUCCACAGAAGACGGCCACUGA